UUUCGUGAAAUCUACAAAUGGACAAAUCGGUUUGAUAAGACAGAUUUUGAUUGCUGUUUAACAAAGAAACUGACUGAAAAAUGACCAAUCAAAAGUGUUUUAUUGUUUAAGUUAACACUUUUUUACUGAUAAUAAUUACGUGAAGAAAAAAAAUAAAGAUCACAAAAAUUUAUUAAAAUGUUUAAUAAUUCCUUAAAAGCAGCAGCAGGUUUAACUUUACUAGCAUGUACUAUAUUAGCUCUAACAAGUAUCUCGACACAUAAGUGGACCGUUCUAACGAGUGGCAGCAUUGGAUUGUGGAAAAGCUGUGAUGAACAAGGAUGCGUCGACAUUUCUAAAGAUCAGCAUCACAAAGGGAAAGUUCCAGAAUGGCUGUAUGUUGUACGUGCAUUUGGAUGUUUGUCUAUCAUCACUUACUUUAUAACCUUCACCUAUCACAUACUAUCUUGGGUAAUUUUAACAAGCAGCCGACAUAGCUACAUUACAACUGUUUUUAUUAUAACAUCAGGCGGAUUGAUGUUUCUAUCAAUGGCAUUAUACACGAGAAAUUUUGAUGAACAUGAUUUUAAAUGGGGCUGGAGUUAUUAUCUUGGAUGGGUGAGCUUUUUGCUAACGCUAGCUUCGUUUUCAAUAUCAUUGGUGUAUAGUCGAUCAGCAGCAAAAGAAGAAGAAAGAAUCAGGAAGAGAAGUGAAAUUCUUAUUUUCGAAGAUUAUUAAAUAAAGAGAGACUC